AUGGUUAUGAAGUACUAUUCAGCUGCUCUUGACGGGUUGUGCACUCAAGAGCAGCUUGAUCUUCUGAACUCGAUCGAUACUCUCCGAUCCCAGGGAAUCAGUCAUUUUGUCUCCCUUCCACAAAUCAUCGUAUGUGGCGACCAGUCUUCGGGGAAAAGCUCCGUGCUUGAAGCGAUUUCUGGCGUGUCGUUUCCAGUGCGAAGCAACCUUUGCACACGGUUUCCAACGGAGCUGGUCCUUCGCAAAGAUCCCACCGUUGGAGUACGGGUAUCGAUUGUACCCCAUCAUUCCCGCAGCGAAGCAGAACAGAAAUCCCUGAGCACCUUUUGCGAGGAACUGGAUGGGUUUGACGGACUCUCCCAAUUGGUGGAGAAUGCCAAAGCAGCGAUGGGCAUAUCAACACACGGUAAAGCAUUCUCGAAUGAUAUCCUUCGGGUGGAGAUCUCAGGCCCAGAUCGACCGCAUCUAACCAUUGUUGACCUCCCCGGACUGAUUCAUUCGGAGACAAAACAACAAUCAGCAGCAGACGUUCAACUGGUCCAGAGUGUGGUUCAGAUGUACAUGAAGGAGCCGCGAAGCAUCAUUCUUGCGGUCGUUUCAGCGAAGAAUGACUACGCCAAUCAGAUAGUCUUGCGACUGGCAAGAGAUGCUGACGACUCCGGCCAGCGAACACUGGGUGUCAUCACCAAGCCAGACACGCUGGUAAUGGGGUCCGAGAGCGAGAGAAUGUUUAUAUCCCUGGCCAAGAACGAAGAUGUGAAAUUCCGGCUUGGUUGGCAUGCACUCAGGAACAUGGAUUCCGACCAGGGCACAUCCAGCUUAGCAGAUCGCGACUCGGUAGAGCGGGAAUUCUUCGCCAACGGAGCAUGGGGAGAGAUGCCACCUUCUUUGGUGGGUAUCGAUUCUCUCCGAAUCCGGCUCAGCAAGCUUCUUCUCCGACAGAUCGCGGCUGAGCUUCCAAGUUUGAUUGAGGAAAUUCAAAUUAAAAAGGACAACUGCCGACAACAGCUCGAGAAUCUAGGACAGCCACGUGUCACGUUGGAUGAACAGAAGUCUUAUUUGUUGAAUAUCAGCCAGUCGUAUCAACGCCUUGUGAAGGCUGCUGUUGACGGAACCUACAAUGAAACAUUCUUCAGUGCCGUUCACUCGACCACGGGGCGCCAGAAGCGAAUGCGGGCCGUGAUACAAAAUCUCAAUGAGGAGUUCGCGGAGUGUCUUAUGCGGCGAGGUCAUCGUCGCGAAAUUAUUGAGAAGGAAGCCGAGAAAAAGGCCGAGAAGGGCCAGCUUCUGAUUACGCGUGAUACAUACAUGCUUCACAUCCAGGGACUGAUUAAGCAAACAAGGGGUCGAGAACUGCCCGGGACUUUCAAUCCUAUGAUUGUCAACGAGCUUUUCUUAGAGCAAUGCGCUCCUUGGAAGGAUAUCACACUCGAUCAUGUGUUGAACACAUGGGAGGCAGCUCAAGUAUUCCUUCUUGAUGUUAUACGAUACAUUUCCGAUGAGGCCACGUCUGUCGUCCUUUUUGACGAAUUAAUUUCCCCUGAACUGGAUGAGCUCAGGCGCAACCUUGAGAAAAGAACCAGAGAGCUACUGGCACCUCAUCACAAAGGUCAUCCAAUCACCUACAAUCACUAUUUUACCGAAACCCUGCAGAGCAUUCGAGCGAGCAGACAACGGGCCAGAUUGAGCAGCACUAUGAGAAAUUUCUUUGGGGUUGAUGACCUGUCAGGUUCAUAUGUUCUUAAUGGCUCAUACCGUCUUGAUGACUUGCUUCAGUCCCUCGUGAGCCUUACCGAACCAGACAUGACACGACUUGCGUCAGCUGAAGCAUUAGAUUGCAUGCUUGCCUACUACAAGGUCGCUCUCAAACGCUUCAUCGACGACGUGGCGGUCGAGGUCAUCGAGCUGAACCUUGUCCAGUCUCUUUCUUCCAUAUUGUCUCCGGUCAAGGUGUUUGAAAUGCCUUCUGAGCUGGUCACUCGAAUUGCUGGAGAGUCAAAGGAGAAUCGUGCACUACGGGAUCAACUAAACAGGAAGCUACAAGUCCUUGCAAAAGGUCUAGAGACUUGCCGGCAAUUCGUCGGUAGCCAAAGCAUUAAUCCUGAUAAAUCAGGCAUGUCAAAAGUAUUUUCUUCUUUCCACAGAACCCCGCCGGACUCUGUCAUCUCGGUUGACAAUGGCGACGAACUCGAAUGUGAUGUUGAUGAUUCAUGUAGUGAACGAUCAACCAUCUCUGCUCCACCCCCUGUGAGUCCAGGCUAUGAAGAGGCUGAUGCCAGACCGGUAUCAAGGCUGGAACUCUUGGUGGAUGAACCCGCAGAGUUCGACGCUAUCACUCCACCAGCUUUAUAUCAUUACUAG